GAUGGCUGUCCGAAAGAAAAGUGUUUGUUUAAACCACCUUUACUUUUGUCUUUGUCAUAUCUCUCCACACACGGACACAGUAACAGGCUCCUACAAUAGACAAAUCAUAGUAUUGUAGAAUUAACUCUGAGCAUGACCCUCCUAAAAUUUCUUCCCUGCUAUUUCUUCAUCCUCAUUCAUCUGCUGAUUAGUGCUGAUGGUAUCAACUCUGAAUUAUCAUCGAAACAAAAUAUCCCGAUAUCAAGACAUGAUUCUAGACCGAAGAAGCUAUUUGUGUUCGGGGAUUCGUAUGCAGAUACUGGUAACAUUCCGAGGUCACAGUCUCCUUCUUGGAAGCAGCCUUAUGGUGUUACAUUUCCUGGCAGACCCUCAGGCCGAUUCUCCGAUGGUCGCAUUCUCACGGAUUAUAUUGCCAAAUUUCUGGGGAUCCAAUCUCCCACACCAUACCAGUGGCGAAAACUUGCAAGACAACGUUUGCACAAUGGGAUGAACUUUGCCUAUGGAGGAACGGGAGUGUUUGAUACGGACGUGCAGUUGCCAAACAUGACCAAUCAAAUUGAUCUUCUCCAGAAACUUAUGCUCCCUGAUUCACUAUACUCUAAGACUGACCUGCAAUCAUCCUUGGUUUUAGUCACUCUCUGCGGCAAUGAUUAUAGCGACUUAUCCACCACAGGUGGCUCUAUCCCGGACAUUAUGGCCUAUAUCACUAGAGUGGUUAACCAACUAGAGUUGAACUUGAAGCAUAUUAAAACAUUGGGUGCGAGGAAAAUAGUUGUGACAGGUCUGCAGCCCCUGGGAUGUCUCCCUCGUGAGACGGAGGAGUCUUCAUAUAAACAAUGCAAUGAGACGGAGAAUACACUUGCUGUCUUUCACAACUUCCUGCUGCAACAAGCUGUGGCAAAGUUAAACAAUGAGAGUCACAGUAGCAAGCCAGUAUUCACCGUUCUUGAUCUAUACGCUUCGUUCAACCAAGUUCUCCAAAACAAAGGGGGUGUGAUGUUUAGGACUCCGCUCAAGCCGUGUUGCAUGGGAAUUAGGGGCGACUCGCGCUGUGGAAGCGUAAGUGAUAAGGGAGUUAAACUGUAUAAUGUAUGUAGGAACCCUGAAUCAGCAUUCUUCUGGGACACAUCUCACCCCACACAGGCAGGAUGGAGUGCAGUCUUUUCUUCAUACUUGAAAGCCACUCUUGAACAGUGUUUUUAGUUGUUUUUUUGGUUCUGAAAUUUGCAAGAUGGUUACUUCAUUAUUGUACUUCAGAACAUGUUCUCUAGCCUUGCUGCUCUA